UUCAAUAAGGAAGUAUAAAUUAUAUCCAAGCUAAUUUGAGCACGUUUUUCUAUCAUUCAUUUUUUCGAAUCGCAAGUAAGAUGCUGCUCAAAUUGGCAGGUAUUAUUUUCGGUUCAAUUUUUCUAUUAAAUUAUGUAAAUGGCCAGUUUUGUGAAUGUAAAAAUAGAGCAAGUGCUUUGGGUUUGUCAGAUGCUCCUGUUGAAGUUCCCCCAGGAUCGUGGGUGGUACGUCCAAAGUCUUUACAGAAACCUGCUGUAAUAUUACCACUGUAUGGAUCUCUAUUCAAAGGACCUUGUUUCAGGAGACACACUAUUGUUAAGCCAGCUGUUGUUACAAAUCCAGUUUACCUGCAAGACACAUCUACUCUAGUUCCCAUUAAUCCAGAAAUUCCAGCACAUGAGUCACCUAGCCCUGUAGUUCUUCCCACAUUUUCAAAACCCGAGGGAUAUCAGGCAAUUGAUGUAGCGAAUGCAUAUCAGCAAGCAUGUACCGGAAACGUAUUACCGUCAGCAGCUCCAGCAGAUGCUGUAUCACUUGCGCUCGCAUACAAACUGGCCCAGAAUUCUAUUGAAAAAAAGAUAGCAGAAGACAAACUGUAUUUUGGUUUCAAGAAGCUGCCUAUAGAACAGCCCUGCCCUAAGAUAGUUGCUCCAAAAAUCACAAAACAACUUCUUCCCGAAGGAAGCCUGUACACACUAAACGGUGAAAUUGUUGAGUUAAAGGCGCCUAAAGAAGCCGAUUUGACACCUGAAGAUCUGGAACAAGAGGCUGCAGAAGAACUAAUUGACUUAGCUCUUUCUGAAGAAUAUGAGGCUAGUUUACCACCAGUGAAGCAACCUAGUUUAACUGAAUUAGGAUAUGCUCCAGCAAAAAUAAAGGCUGCUACUUUUGUGGAUAUACCAAGUUAUCCAGCUUCACGACCAGCUCCAGUUUCACAACCCGUAGUGUCUGCAGCUCCAUGCAACGAUGGCUUUCAGGCUGGUAGUGUAAUUGUAGAAGACAUUCCUGCUGAAAGUGAGCCUGUUAUUAAAAAAAUUGAGAAACUGGUAGAAGCUUUGCCGGCUGUUGUGUGCGACAUUCCUCAGUAAUUUCAAAGUGUUAUUUAUUUUAACUGAAAAUACUUACAUACCUUAUAACCAUAAUUAGUAAGAAAUUUAAGUUCGUGGUUAUGUUGGAGCUGCUAUAAACGAUAAAGGUUAAAAUACUAGAGAAGCAAUGAAAAAAGAAAUGAAUAUAUCUGUAAACAGGUGUUUACGUUGAAGCGAGUAGAACGAUGCUUUCUGUCCUAAAAAUAUAUGCCUUUGAUGCUAUCAUUCGCUUCGCCAAUAUCUUUGAUUUUUAUCGUUUACCCAACUCAAACAUGGCCCAAUACCUCUACCUAUACAUUUAUUUAAAAUGGAUUUCUGUUAUUUGAGAUAUUAUAUUCUUAAGUGUUUCAAACAGACUUGAAGCUAAUUAAAUAUUUUAUUGUGUAAUUGUUUUGCAAUAUAUUUGAAAUAGCAAAUAUAUU